ACGCGCAAUAAAGGACUGGGUUCUAGGUUGAUCCGAAAAAAAUACAAGAUGGCGGUUUCCACGUCCGCUUGGCCUUCGACGCAAGGUAUAGCGACGUCUGAUAGAAUGUCUAGAGACGCCAGCGAAGCAAGUUCGCGAGACUUUUAUACCGGUCUCGGACUCGCGAUCAGUUCCAGUGUUUUUAUCGGCUCCAGUUUUAUCGUCAAGAAAAAAGGACUUUUACGUGUCGCUCAGCGUUCUGGUGUCCGCGCAGGUCAAGGUGGUUAUGCUUACCUAAAGGAAUGGCUUUGGUGGAUUGGAAUGAUAUCCAUGAUUUUUGGAGAGAUUGCAAACUUCUCUGCUUAUGCUUUCGCCCCUGCAAUCCUGGUUACUCCUCUUGGUGCACUAAGUGUUCUUGUCAGUGCUGUACUAGCAUCCUAUUUUCUGGAUGAGAAGCAAAACCUGCAUGGGAAGGUGGGCUGUAUCCUGUCCAUAAUUGGCUCCACAGUGCUGGUUAUACAUGCCCCACAGGAAGAAGCUGUUGACACGAUAGAGCAGCUGGAAUCUAAGCUCAUUGAGCCAGGUUUUAUCAUAUAUGCUGUCAUGGUAGUCUUACUUGCCUUUGUCCUUAUAUGGAGAUAUGCACCCAAAUAUGGAAAGACCAAUAUCCUUGUGUACAUUGCCAUCUGUUCUUUGAUUGGCUCUUUGUCUGUCAUGGGAUGCAAGGGAGUUGGCAUUGUUCUCAAGCAAACAUUGAAAGGAGACAGUCAAGUUGGGAAUCCUGUGUCUUGGGCCCUGUUAUUUACUGUAUUGACAUGUGCCACGACGCAGAUCAACUACUUGAACAAAGCCCUGGACAUUUUCAACACAUCACUAGUGACACCCAUCUACUAUGUGAUGUUUACACUUCUCACAAUCAUCGCCUCUGCAAUUCUAUUUAAAGAGUGGAAGUUGAUGGACACAAAGGAUACAAUUGGAUCCAUAUGUGGCGUCUUGACAAUUAUACUUGGGGUGUUUCUCCUUCAUGCAUUCAAGAAUGUUAAGUUUAGUUUGAAAGAUUUGAACUUUUUCCAGAAACAAAAAGGCAGCAGGUCAAUCCAAAUAGGUGAUGGGGCUGAAGCAAUGCUGAUGCGAUCAGUUGAAGAAGGUAGCCCUGAUGACGAGGAUGAGGAAAUUGCAAGCUCAAAAUUGUUAACAAACAAUAUAAAUCACACAUGAUAUUUCCAAACUGAAUUUUAUUGUAUUUUAAGUUAAAUAGUAAAUAGGUCGGUAAUUUAUUUACACAAUGCUUCUUUUCAGCAUGGUCAUUCUUUCUAUACAGGAGAUAGAAUGGGACUAUUGCAGCAUGAUAAACUUUUCUAUCAGUCAUAUCCUUGGAAAUAAUACUGUGUUGCUUCAAUGGAUAUGAUUGUUGCACUUUAUAGUGUGACGUAUUGGAUGCUUAGCUUGCCACAUUUUUUUCUCUUUAUAAGUGGCCCAGUAAGACAGCAGAAACCCUUGUUUCUAGAGGAUGUAGAUUCGUCAAUUUUCUUGGGUUUCCAUUAUAAUGAAAUAAAAACACCACUUCCAACUAUACUUAGUCCAGCUUAUGCAAGUUUUAAUUCAUCCAAGUUCUACACAUGGUACCUGGUAACUGUUUCAAGUUUUUGCAAAUCAAAAAAAGUUACUUUUUUAUGAUAAAUUCUACUCCUUAUUUAUAUAUAGUGUACAGCAUGUUUUUUACAAAAAAAUGUAACAAAAGGAAUCUUAUCAUGGACAUUCUGUAAGAUUUCAUUGGGGGUACAUGUUCAUGUUUACUAGAAAUGCUACAUUUGAAUAAGGGUUCGUGUUAAUAAACAUGAUAUGGAAUUAAGAAGAUUAGCUAUCUCUUUUGGAUCACAAAUUGUACAGAAUUCAUAAAUAAACAUGAUGAUUUGUAAA